AGAAAUUGCAUGACCUCUAAUGUGAUUAAACACCUGCACUGCUUUUAUAUUUAAUUAUUAAUAAAAGCAGCUAAUUAUUUGCACGACCUUUAGCCAUGAAUAUAUCUUUUGACUGCUUUUCACAUCAAAAGGCACCUUCAGAAAUAGAGAUCAAAGGAAUUUAUCUUCAGCUAGUAGAAUCGGCUCCCUUCACGAUCUACAAACUGCUUAUUUGAAGUCAAAGCUUGGUUUUACUUUUGCUUUGCCUGAGAUUACAUGAACUGCUAAUCACUCCGUGUUUGGAUAUUAAAAUGGAAACUGUAUCUUAUUUUUUUAUUCAUUGGUUAUCCCUAGUUUGCACACAUGCACAAAUCCACACAUGCACACUCACUUGAUUACAAAGCUGAUCUGUUAGAUUAUAUAAUCACUGAGAAUACUUCAAGCUUCAUUCUCAGUACUGCUACUAACCAGGCUUGACACCAAGCACACAUCAGUGCAAAAACGUGUGUGAGGCCAUUUUAGGUGACUCAUGUGAUGAUGAGCUCCAAAUAAAAGCACUACCUCAAAACUCAAGCCCAGUUGCUCCAGGCCAUGCACCAAAGCCACUGCCUCCAAACCCUUCUCAGGGUCCGACUCGUCCGGUUCCCUCAUGGAGGGCACACUGAAGGCAGAGAAGUAGCUGUUAAUUCAGCCAUCUUCUGCAAGGCUUCCCCACUUUCCCUGCCCUUCGACUUUCCCUCAGUCUAAAUCGAGGCCGAGCAGGGUCCUUUCAGCCUCGGAUCCAGGUGCCUCCUCGCCUCGGCGCGGCCCCUCAGAGCGGAGCUGGGCCGCCACCCACGAGGGGGCAGCGGGGAGCUGAGGGCGGUGGCUGUGAGCGCAACUCCCCGCCGCUGCCCCUCGCCAUGGAGCCGAGGUCCGUCCCCCAGGGUGGGGAACUUGCUGCAGAAGUCAAAGGCAGAAGAGAAAAUCAAAUCUGGUAUUUGAAAAUAUCGAAACUGGCGCUGGCUUUUGCCAUUAUUCGCUCCAAGCCACCAGGAAAGAGCUGCAAAGAAUACACUGAGCACCUUGCCAAAAUUGUAUCUGAGCAAGAUUUUGACUACAAAUCAAAAGUUACAGCACUAGAAGCUGAAGUUUUUAGAUUACGUCAGGAGCUUCUUUUGAACAAGAUCUGUCAGAGAGUCUGCUUGGAAAAUGGAAAACCAGGUGCCUCUGCUGAAACUCUUCUGGAUGAGGAACGUUUGAAUCCUAUGAGUUACUCAAGCCAGCUACAGGACUCUGGAUGUGAUGUGUCUGAUGACUACGCAUUUGAAUCUUUAGGAAUAGCUUCUGAUAUCCAAGAACUUGAGCACAGUGUCAACACAUCUAAACGUUGGUUGGAAAUAGUUCCUCCAUUGAAUCUCUGCUGUGCUAGCAAGGAGGAAUCUUUGACUGUUCCAGUGCAGUUUUUUCAACAUCUGCUUGAAAUAAGAAAGCUGUCAGAAGGAGGAAUGCUGCAAGCAGACUUCACAGAGCUUGAGAAUGAUUCUUUCACUAUAUGCAAUUCAGUAUCUCAGCUGCUCGAUGGUCUAACUGUUUUUUACAACAGUCCUGAGUUACCAGUUUCAAGUUUUCUUACUGAGGCAGUUUGUGUUUUGAUCAGAUUAGUAACUGACGCUAAAUUAUCUAAUCAUGUUCUGAAGAAGUGUUUCAGGAAGCUGGAAGAAUUUAUGAAAAAUCUAAUUCAGAUUAUUUUAAGAAACAGCAAUGUCAAUAGGUUUCAGGCAUUGGACGCUGUGUCACACACUCUUGUUUUGCUAGGAAGGAACAACGUACUUCGAAAUUCUUUAGUGUCUUUUCUGCUAUCAGAACUACAGCAGUUUGCUGAGCAGAUGUGGCAAGCUUACCAGGUCCAGGAAAUGUAUGAUGUUACCCAGUAUGAGAAUAUUUUUUCUUUGUUCAUGAUUCUGGAACAACUUCUUCACAAUGACACAGAAGAAAGUAAGGCUUCAGACUCAGGCUAUGGUGAAGAAGAGAAAAUCAAAUUCCUGAAGAAUCUUGAUGAAAUUAUUCUUCAUCUUUCAGAUGAAUUCCCUUUGUUUUCUUUAUAUUUAUGGAGAUUGAGUGUUCUUUUGAACUCAGCUCAAAUACGAAUUGAUUAAAACAAGCAGCCUACUUUUAAGCAGUGCACUGUUGUGAGACUAGAUUGGAAAAUGUUUGAGUCAGACAGAAAAUUGUAGUUAUUGGAAAAUAUUUAUUUUGUACUUCCAUGCUAUGCUUUUGUUUCAGAGAUAAUGAAAUUUAAUAAUACGGGCCCUGUUUUGUUUUGUUCUGUGUUUUGUUGUUGUUCUGUUGCUUUUAAUAAAUGCUAUUUCUUGUAACAGAAAACAGUUUAUUGGUAUUUGCGUACACAGUGAAAAUGGUAACAAAGAAAAUAGUUUCAGUUGAUGCUUUCUAUAAACACUAUGAACUUUAAAUAAUGAGAAUGUAGAGCUAGGCUUUUGUAUUAGGAAACUGUAGGUUGUGUGCCUUCUCUGUACUUUAGAGACAUUGGAUGGUUAGGUAUAUUGAUAAUAUGAAAUAAAGGACUGACCAUCAGAAA